AUGUUGUUUCUCUCUUUUCAGGAAGUGGUUCUGAAAGACGGAAGAAUUGAAAGACUAAAGUUAGAGCUAGAAAGGAAAGAUGCUGAAAUCCAGAAGCUGAAAAAUGUAAUCACUCAAUGGGAGGCAAAGUAUAAGGAAGUAAAGGCAAGAAAUGCACAGUUAUUGAAAAUGCUUCAGGAAGGUGAAAUGAAAGAUAAGGCAGAAAUACUUCUUCAAGUUGAUGAAUCACAAAGUAUCAAGAAUGAGCUCACUAUUCAGGUGACUUCACUUCAUGCUGCAUUAGAACAAGAAAGAUCUAAAGUGAAAGUAUUACAAGCAGAAUUAGCCAAAUACCAGGGUGGCAGAAAAGGGAAAAGAAACUCUGAAUCCGACCAGUGUAGGUGAUUAAAUUAGCCUUUGAAGUCAACACAAAGUUUAAAACUUUCAGGAUUUUGCAAAAUUGUAUAUAUUUAAUGCCGUGCAACUGCUAAACUAUGCAGUUUUUGUUGAAGGAACUAAAAGCAACUAGCUCACUAAUGGUCUAUAAUUUUAUUUCUUUUGGCUUAAAGUGAAAAAGAAGAAAUAGAGAAUUCCAGCAGAAUUCAGUGGUUAUUGUUUACUAUCCAUACUUCUUAUCACUUUAGUUUUUCAUCAGUCAAUAAAAUUAAUUUACUCUUCCACUAA